AUGACGAAGACCGAGUCCAUCGAGGCGCUCUUGGCGCCAUCCUUGCGAGUGUCCAGGCCCGUUGCUGCGUGCGCAAGAUGCCGCUCUGCCAAAAUCAAAUGCGAUGGGAAAUUGCCCGCUUGUUCUGCUUGUGAGCGAGCCGGCAAAGCAACCAGUUGCACAAGCGCCAAUGAUGAAUUUGCUCGGGGCAAAGAAAGAAGCUAUGUUGCAGCGCUGGAAGCUGCCGCUCAGCGGUUACAGAAAAAGAUCAAUGCUGCUCGAGCAGAGGCUAGCAGCCAUCGGUCGCCGUCCGCCACUCAGUUGACGACAGGGCGGCCACCUCAGCGACGAAAGAUCAGUGGAGCUCGCCGGAAAGAGGCCUCCGAUGUCGACGAGUUGGUCAGUGACUUUGGUUUCCUCACAGUCAAUGCGACAUCGCGCGAUUUUCAUGGAUUUACGUCGAGCAUGUCAUUUGCAAAGCUCCUCCUUUCAGCAGCGGCAAGAGAAGAACUGCCACCUCUUGAAUCGAGAGGAUUGCCUCCACGAUAUGCCAUUACUCCCAUGAUCAAUCAAUAUCUGGAAAACGUAUACGCGCUGUUCCCCUUCUUCUCCGAGACAGACCUGAUGUCAAGCUUGUCUCGCAUCUACCAUGAGUCUUCGGCAAUUCCAAAUGUUGCGCCGUUGGACGUGUGGUAUGUGCGACUGAUUCUGGCCAUUGCGUACGCCUCGAACUCGCAGCGGAGAGGGGACGAGAACGACAAGACAGCGCUCCAACAUAUGUCAGCGGCCCGAGGACUAGCUGGUUAUGUUCUCCAUCCUGGAUCGAUUGCUGGAGUACAAGCUCUCCUCCUGCUGGUACAGUAUUCACUGGUAGACCCGGCACACUAUGAUCCCUGGUAUCUCGUCGGCAUGGCGGCCCGCCUCAUGGUUGAUCUCGGACUGCACUGCGAGCCCUCUCUGGAGACGAAGAUCAGCAAGGAUGCAUUGGACCUGCGGCGACGGAUAUUUCACUGUGUGUACGCUCUGGACCGUCUCGUCAGCAUGUCCCUGGAUCGGCCAUUCUCCUUCACCGACGAUUCCGCGUCUGAGGUGCCUUUACCAGAAUCAGCGUCGGAUCCAUCCUCCAAUCGCGUAUUCCAGCAUUCAAUUAAACCAUGCCUCUAUUUGUUCGACAUCCGCCGCGUUCAGUCAACCUUCUAUCAGAGCACAAGAUGGUCUUCUCGAUCUCAGUGGCCUCUAGCCACAGCGGCUACCUAUGCCAGUUCGGUGUCGAAUGAUAUCCACGCUUGGUAUUCCACGAUUCCAUCGACACUAUCGCAACGUCAUCUGAUGCUUUUCAACCUCGAAAGGCUGUAUUGUCAAAUCCUGGUAGUUUCGCCCAACCAACGUGUUCCCCCGACCAGUCUGACAGAUCUCAACAAAGAACUGGUGUUCGAAUACUCGGCUCAGUAUGCCGAUCUUCUGCAGCCCAUCACACAGGAUGUCGGCUGGCAUGCGUACCUAACCUAUGCCGACAUUUGCCGAGCAAAAUACGUAGGAAAGAAGUUUGUGGAUGUCAUGUGGUCGGAUUUUGAUCGCCUCAUCAAGACGACGCAUGCUAUCCGUGAAGGCUCGCCUCUGGCCAACAAUGUGCCUCUGGACAAUGGUCAACGGGCGACCAUCUGCCUGCGGAAGAUCAUUGAAAUUCUCGACUUUGCACGGCAUCGCUGGUCAAUGCCGGCAAUGAGAGAACAGUUCGAGCAGGAAUCGGCUGUUCUCUUCUCACGACUGAAGACCAGGCAGAUGGAGAUGGGCACUGCGCAGUAUUCCAGCACUGUCAAUGUCAAUGCUCCAACGGGCACCAACAUAGGAUACGGCAGUAUGGCGAGCAACAUCUAUCCAGCUACAAAUGCCUAUCAGUAUGAGGGCGCAACCAUGACUCAACUCCCGAGUCCUCCAAUCAAACAUGACCCCGUCCAAUCCGAUAUGCAGCAACAACCGAUGCUAACGCCACCUGAAGACUACCACAUGCCCUCCCUGUAUUCCAUGCCGCAAGGGUCGCUGCCUCGGCGGAGCUAUGAGUUUUACGGAGGUCGCAGCUAA